AUGGCUAGCAGAAAAAGGUGCUUGGCUAUGGGACUAACUGUACUUCUAUGGGUUGGAAUACAUGCUCAAUCUGAAGAUACGGAGCAGAAAUGCAGGUUGCUGCGCAAGUUUAAUUUGACUGGAUAUGUGGAAGCUGAAAACCAUUCUUUUGUCAUUGGAGGACUAUUUCCUAUUCAUUCUAGGACCAUCCCAACAAAUGAUUCUGAUGAGGAGCCAGUAUCAGCCAUGUGUGAGGGGUUUAACUUCCGGGGUUUCCGCUGGAUGAAGACCAUGAUCCACACCAUCAAGGAGAUUAAUGAGAGGACAGACAUUCUGCCCAACCACACUAUGGGCUAUCAGAUCUUUGACACCUGUUUCUCCAUCUCCAAAUCAAUGGAGACUGCCUUGACAUUUCUUACAGGGCAGGAAGAAUACAAGCCCCAAUUUAGAACCAGCACUGGAAAAUACCUAGUAGGAAUUAUUGGAGCAGGGGGAUCAUCCUUGUCAGUUGCUUCUUCAAGAAUUCUGGGCUUGUAUUACAUGUGUCAGGUGGGCUAUUUUUCUUCCUGCUCAAUUCUUAGCGACAAAUUCCAGUUUCCAUCUUAUUUUCGCACAAUUCCCAGUGAUAAGGUCCAGUCGGAGGCCAUGGUGACUCUCAUCAAGCACUUCGGUUGGGUCUGGGUCGGUGCUAUUGCAGCUGAUGAUGAUUAUGGAAAAUAUGGAGUAAAAUCCUUUAGGGAAAAAAUGGAGAGUGCCAACCUCUGUGUUGCUUUCUCUGAAACCAUUCCCAAAGUCUACUCCAAUGAGAAAAUGCAAAAUGCUAUUAAGGCAGUAAAGAGUUCCACUGCCAAAGUCAUUGUGCUUUUUACAACUGACAUUGACCUCAGCCCCUUUGUGCUGGAAAUGGUUCAUCAUAACAUAACGGACAGGACAUGGAUAGCCAGCGAAGCCUGGAUUACCUCAGCCCUCAUUGCAAAGCCCGAGUAUUUUCCAUAUUUUGGAGGAACUAUUGGAUUUGCAGCACCCAGAAGUGUUAUACCAGGAUUAAAAGAAUUUCUUUAUGAUAUACACCCUAGCAAGGACCCCACUGAUGUCUUGACCAUUGAAUUCUGGCAAACUGCUUUUAACUGUACCUGGCCCAAUAGCAGUGUACCUUACAAUGUGGACCACAGAGUGAAUAUGACUGGUAAAAAAGACAGACUGUAUGACAUGUCUGACCAGCUCUGCACUGGAGAGGAGAAGCUGGAAGAUCUGAAAAACACCUACCUGGAUGUGUCUCAGCUGAGAAUCACAAACAAUGUCAAACAAGCUGUGUAUGCUAUGGCUUAUGCCCUGGAUCGUCUAAGCAGAUCAUGGAUGGCAGGGGGUAAAGAUUAUCGGGGUUAUCUGGGAAAACCACAUCCACAGUGCUUGUCCUUCAUCUUCUAUAAGCUAUUGAUUUAUUUUAAGAACAUGGAAUUUACUACCCAUGAUGGAACGAAAAUAGGAUUUGAUAGCAGUGGAGAUAUGGAAAGUGGAUAUUAUGAUAUCCUCAAUUGGCAAUUAGAUAAUGCUGGAGAAAUCACCUUUGUCAAGGUUGGAGAAUACAAAUUCAAAAAUACAAAACAAGAACUUGUUAUUCCAAAGAACUCAACACUAUUUUGGAACACUGAAUCUUCAAGGCUUCCAGAUUCAGUCUGCACAAAAGUAUGUGCUCCAGGGACCCGGAAGGGGAUUCGCCAGGGACAACCCAUAUGCUGCUUUGACUGCAUCCCAUGUGCUGAUGGAUAUGUGUCAGAGAAACCAGGUCAAAGGGAAUGUGAUCCGUGUGGUGAAGAUGACUGGUCCAAUGCACAGAAGAGCAAGUGUGUGCCAAAGGAAGUGGAAUUCCUGGCUUAUGAGGAGGCCCUAGGGUUCACCCUUGUCAUCCUCUCCAUCAUCGGGGCGCUUGUGAUCUUGGCAGUCACUGUUGUGUAUGUCAUCUACAGGCACACUCCACUGGUCAAUGCCAAUGACCGGGAGCUGAGCUUCCUCAUCCAGGUGUCUCUGCUCAUCACGGUGCUGUCAUCCAUGCUGUUCAUAGGCAAGCCACAGCACUGGACCUGCAUGGCCCGCCAGGUCACUCUGGCAUUGGGCUUUUGCCUUUGUCUGUCUUCCAUUCUUGGAAAGACUAUUUCACUCUUUUUUGCCUACAGGAUUUCCAAAUCAAAAACUCGGCUUAUAUCCAUGCACCCCAUUUUGCGAAAACUGAUUGUGCUGAUCUGUGUUGUAGGGGAGAUUGGUGCAUGUGCAGCUUACUUGGUGUUGGACCCACCGAGGAUGUUGAAGAACAUUGAAAUUCAAAAUGUAAAGAUCAUCUUUGAAUGCAGUGAAGGCUCUAUAGAGUUUCUGUGCUCCAUAUUUGGGUUUGAUGUUCUCCUGGCUUUGCUGUGUUUCCUUACUACCUUUGUGGCUCGCCAGCUGCCAGAUAACUAUUAUGAAGGGAAAUGCAUCACUUUUGGGAUGCUGGUUUUUUUCAUUGUGUGGAUCUCUUUUGUUCCUGCUUACUUGAGCACCAAAGGCAAAUUCAAAGUGGCUGUGGAAAUAUUUGCCAUAUUGGCAUCCAGCUAUGGUUUGUUAGGCUGUAUAUUUCUUCCCAAGUGCUUCAUUAUUUUGCUGAGGCCAAAGAGGAACACUGAUGAAACUGUUGGUGGAAGAGUCCCCACUGUAGACAGGAGCAUCCAGCUGACCUCAGCAUCUGUGAGCAGUGAGCUCAACGCCACCACAGUGUCCACAGUUCUGGAUGAGUAG